AUGACGCAUGAGGUGCAACCCAAUGGGUACAAACCCUUCGUGAUUGACGUGGAGGAGGCGAAAUUGGAAAAAACGCACGAAGAAGUGGUGGAAGCGGCGAGGAAAAGUUUCAAGAGUGGGAAAACUAAACCCUUGAAGUUCAGACUGGAGCAACUAAAGGGGUUGGAAAAAUUUUUGACUGAGUGCGAAAAUGAAUUGGUGAAGGCGCUAGACCAGGACCUGGGGAAGCACCGCCAGGAGGUGCUAAUGACAGAGAUUGACUUGCUGAAGCACGAGUUACGUCAAACCGCGAUGGAGCUGUCGAAGUGGCUCAAACCGGAAGCACCUCCAAAGAGUUGGGUGAACUUUUUAGACGGGGUGCUGGUAUAUAGUGACCCCUAUGGAGUCGUGUUGGUGAUAGGAGCCUGGAACUACCCCCUCUUGUUGUUACUAGGACCCUUCAUAGGUGCUAUCGCUGGUGGCAACUGCGUCAUCCUCAAACCCUCAGAACUGGCGCCAGCUUCUGCCAAAACCAUCGCCACGUAUCUCCCCCGCUACCUCGACCGUGACUCCUACCAAGUGGUCUGUGGAGGCGUCCAAGAAACCACCCACCUUCUCAAAAUCCAGUUCGACUAUAUCUUCUUCACAGGGUCCACUUCCGUGGGGAAAAUCGUUCACCAAGCCGCGUCAAAAUUUUUGACUCCCGUUACGCUCGAACUGGGGGGUAAAAGUCCGGUGUUUGUGGACGACACAGUGGACAUCGUCACCACAGCGCGACGCAUCCUCUGGGGGAAGUGUUUGAACGCCGGGCAGACCUGCAUCGCCCCCGACUACCUCCUCUGUUCCAAAAACGUAGAGGAGAGGUUCAUCGAAGCUGCGAAAACCAUCCUAGACGAGUUCUACGGAGAGGGCGUCAAAGUGUCUCCUUACUGGAGCAAGAUUGUGUCCGAGCGCCACUACAAGCGUCUCAUGGGGAUGGUGUCCGACGGCGAGGUGGCCAUCGGAGGGUUUGGGGACCCGAUGGAACGCACCAUCACUCCUACCAUCCUGAUUAACGUUAAACCAGACGACUUGGUAAUGAGGGAGGAAAUUUUCGGGCCCAUUUUACCCAUAAUCAACGUAAAUUCGGCCCUAGAAGCUAUCAAUUUUAUCACUGAGGGUGAUAAACCUCUAGCUUUGUAUGUCUUUACGAAGAGGAAGGACGUGAAGGAUUUGUUCUUGAAUGGGACGUCGAGUGGGAAUGUAACCAUCAACGACACCAUCAUGCACAUUAUGACUGAAAAUUUACCCUUCGGAGGGGUGGGGGCGAGCGGCAUGGGUAACUACCAUGGUAAAUACGGGUUUGAUACCUUCACCCAUAAGAAAGGGGUUUUGGUUAGGGGGUUGGGUGCUCUGACUGAGAAGCCCCAAUUUAUCAGAUACCCACCCUACUCUGAUUUUAAAACCACCCUUUCGAGUAUUGUUACAGCUAAACGAAGAUCUAUUCCGGGUUGGUGGUUCAAGUGGAUUUUGGUUUUUGGGUUGGGGGUGGCUUUUGCCUAUGGUGUCCAGUGGGUGCGGAAUGGGUAACCACUUUGUCACAUUCAUAGCUGCAUAGUCACGACUUCUUAGGAAACUGUGUUCACGUUGCAACCGUAGUUACAGAUUGAUAUAUAAAUAAGACUGUGAUGAUCUAAUCUGUGCGUGUUUUAAUAAAUUAUUUUUGUUGCA